UUGACUACUGUGAGCUGCACGAGCGCAUAUUUGCUCUCAUUUUACUCGAUAAACGCUCGAUAUUUGUGGAUUCAUUUCUGUGGAGCUUAUUAUAAGAUUUAUAGCAAAGAGUUGUAGGUAAAGUCAACUGAAAGCAAGGUGCUUUGAAUCAUGCCUGUAAAGACGAGCAAGAGCUCAACCGCUGCUAAGAGAGCGACUGCGCCUCGGGAUGAGUCGGACGAUGAGCUCAUCACAGCCGGCAGAGCCGCGAGCGAGCCCCCGACGCCACCGCACGAUGUUGCUGCGGGUGAGUCUGCUGAAGCGCUUGAUAAUCGCAGUCUGGAGGAGAUUUUGAGCAGCAUCCCUCCUCCUCCACCCCCGGCCAUGAGCUCAGAGCCCGGCGCUCCACGUCUCAUGAUCACACACAUUGUCAACAGAAACUUUAAAUCAUACGCUGGCGAGCAGAUCCUGGGCCCGUUUCAUAAGCGCUUCUCAUGCAUCAUAGGGCCAAACGGCAGCGGGAAAUCUAAUGUGAUCGACUCCAUGCUGUUUGUGUUUGGAUACAGAGCUCAGAAGAUCCGCUCGAAGAAGCUGUCGGUUCUGAUCCACAGUUCUGACAUCCAUCAGGAUAUCCAGAGCUGCACUGUAGAGGUGCACUUUCAGAAGAUCGUUGACAAGGAAGGAGACGACUACGACGUCAUGCCCAACAGUUCCUUCUAUGUGUCCAGAACAGCUGGAAAAGAUAGCUCAUCUGCAUAUCACAUCAACGGCAAGAAGGCAACGUUUAAAGAUGUGGGCACGUUACUGCGCAGCCACGGCAUCGAUCUGGACCACAACCGCUUCCUCAUUCUACAGGGUGAGGUGGAGCAGAUUGCUAUGAUGAAGCCCAAAGGUCAGACAGAACAUGAUGAAGGGAUGCUGGAGUAUCUGGAGGACAUCAUCGGAUCGUGUCGUCUCAAAGACCCCAUCAAUAUGCUGUGCAGACGCGUGGAGUUACUCAAUGAGCAGAGAGGAGAGAAGCUGAAUCGAGUGAAGCUGGUGGAGAAGGAGAAGAGUGCUCUGGAGGGUGAAAAAAACAAAGCUGUGGACUUUCUCACUUUAGAGAAUGACAUCUUCAAGAAGAGAAGCUUACUGUGUCAGUUCUACAUUCAUGAUCUAAAACAGCGCGUGUCUGCUAAAGAAGUGGAGAAACACCAGAUUCAAGAGGACACCAAAGAUCUGAGUGAGAAAAGCAGUGAGCUGACAGACAACAUGAAGCAGAAGAACGAGGAGCUGAAGACUGUGGAGAAGAAGCUGAAUAAACUGACCAAGUUCAUCGAGAGUCAGAAGGAGAAGUUCACUCAGCUGGAUCUGCAGGACGUGGAGGUGCGCGAGAAACUCAAACACACCAAGAGCAAAACUAAGAAACUGCAGAAACAGCUGCAGAAAGACAAAGAGAAGCUGGAGGAGGUGAGGAGCGUUCCCGCCAGCAGCGAGCAGGUAAUCACGGAGACGUCCGCUCAGAAGGAAGAGCUGGAGGAGAAGAAGCUGCAGGAGGAGCAGAAGUUAGCUCAAGUGAUGGAGAGUCUGAAGGAGGAGACCAGCGGCCUGCAGGACGAGAAGGAGAAGAGAGAGCAGGAGCUGCUGGAGUUGAGUAAAGCGGUGAAUGAGACACGCUCACGCAUGGACGUGGCUCAGUCUGAGCUGGACAUCUAUCUGAGUCAACACAACACUGCUGUGAGUCAGCUCAAACAGGCCAAAGACGCCCUGCAGGAGACCGUCGACACGCUGAGAGACAGAAGAGCCGCCAUCAAAGAGCUGAACGUCAAGAUACCUCAGUGUGAGAAACAGCUCCAGCAGGAUGAGCAGGAGCUAGUGCAGAUCUCAGAACAGGACCGACAGAAGACGUUGUUAGUUGGUGAUAUGAGACAGAAGGUGGCUGAAGCUAAGAGCUCUCUGUCCAGCAAUCGCAGCCGAAACAAAGUGCUGGACGCCCUCAUGCAGCAGAAACGCUCAGGAAAGAUCCCGGGAAUCCUGGGCCGCCUGGGUGAUCUGGGUGCUAUAGAUGAGAAAUACGACAUCGCCAUCUCCUCCAGCUGUGGCUCUCUUGAUAAUAUAUUAGUGGACUCCAUUGACACGGCACAGAAAUGUGUCACCUUCCUGAAGAGCCAGAACAUCGGCGUGGCCACCUUCAUCGGUCUAGACAAGAUGAAAGUGUGGGAGCAGAGCAUGGGCUCCAUCUCGACUCCAGAGAACAUUCCUCGUCUCUUUGACAUGGUCCGUGUGACGGACGAGGCCGUGCGUCCCGCCUUCUACUUCGCCCUGAGAGACACGCUGGUGGCCAGAGAUCUGGAGCAGGCCACGCGUGUGGCCUUUCAGAAGGACAAGCGCUGGAGGGUGGUCACGCUGCAGGGUCAGAUCAUCGAGCAGGCCGGUACCAUGACGGGAGGAGGAGGACGAGUGAUGAAAGGUCGCAUGGGCUCUUCCGUCUGUGCCGAUGUCACUCAGGCGCAGCUGGAUAAAAUGGAGAGCGCUCUGAAUAAAGAGAUGACACAGCUACAGGACUGGCAGCAGAGAAAACUUCAGCUGGAGGAAAAAGUGCACAGAUCCAGAUGUGAGCUGAGAGACAUGAAGAAUACACUGGAGAAAUACAGCGCCAGCAUUCAGAGUCUCGCAGAACAAGAACUUCACCUCAAAACUCAGAUGAAAGAUCUGGAAGCCAAUGUCAUUUCAGCCGCUCCGGAUAAAGCCAAGCAGAAGCAGAUGGAGAAAUCUCUGGAGACGUUCAGGAGGGACUUCCAGACGGCGUCCAGUAAAGCGGGGAAGGUGGAGGCCGAGGUGAAGCGACUGCACGCGCUCAUCGUGGACAUCAACAGUCACAAGCUGAAGGCCCAGCAGGAUAAACUGGACAAGAUCAACACGCAGCUGGACGAAUGCUCCUCGAGCAUCACUAAAGCCCAGGUGGCCAUCAAGACUGCUGGACGCAAUCUGAAGAAGUGUGAGGAGAGCGUGUCUCAGCUGGAUAAGGACGUCGGAGACAACGAGACGCUGAUGGAGGUGCUGACGGAGCAACUGAAGAAGCUCGAGGAGCAGGCUGGAGAGAUCAUGCAGACGUACCAGCAAGCUGAGGAGGCCCUGCCUGAGGUUCAGGAGGAGUAUCGGGCAGUGGUGCAGGACAUCAAGACUCUUCAGGAACAAGAACAUGCUCUACAGAAAGAGUCUCUGAAUGUACGACUCAAGGUGGAACACAUCGACACGGCCAUCACAGAGUGUCACAACAAGAUCAAACACUGGGAGAAAGAGGCCGGUAAACUGUCACUGCACUCUAUUGAUGGAGCACCAGCAGAAGAGCUGCCCAUGCUGAGCCCAGAUCAGCUGCAGGACAUCACUAAUCCAGAUGUCAUCAAAAAUGAGAUCGCUCUGCUGGAGGACCGCUGUGCCAACAUGAAACCCAACCUGGGAGCCAUCGCAGAGUUCAAGAAGAAGGAGGAGUUGUAUCUGCAGAGGGUGGCUGAGCUGGAUGACAUCACCACACAGAGAGACAGUUUCAAGAGAGGCUGCGAGGAUCUGCGCAAACGGAGACUGCACGAGUUCAUGGCCGGAUUCAACAUCAUCACUAAUAAACUGAAGGAGAAUUAUCAGAUGCUCACGCUGGGAGGAGACGCAGAGCUCGAGCUGGUGGACAGUCUCGAUCCCUUCUCUGAGGGCAUCAUGUUCAGUGUGCGUCCUCCUAAGAAGAGUUGGAAGAAGAUCUAUAAUCUGUCUGGAGGAGAGAAGACGUUGAGCUCUCUGGCUCUGGUGUUUGCUCUUCACCACUUCAAACCCACACCGCUGUACUUCAUGGAUGAGAUUGACGCAGCGCUGGACUUUAAGAACGUCUCUAUCGUGGCCUGCUACAUAUACGAACAAACCAAGAAUGCUCAAUUCAUCAUCAUCUCUCUGAGGAACAACAUGUUUGAGAUGGCUGAUCGGCUCAUUGGCAUCUAUAAGACACACAACACCACCAAGAACGUGGCCAUCAACCCCAAAACUAUUGUGCUGAGAGAGGUGGAGACCGCAACCGCGUGACCAUGACUUCAAGUCAUUGACCCCAAAAUCAUUGUGUGUAUGUGAGGUCUUUAUAAAUCAAUCUCUAUUAUCACUUGUCUUCUGUCAGUUUACACUCAAUUUUAUCUUUUUAAAUAAAAUAACUGUUUUAUUUACUAGAGCAUAAAUCUCUGGAAAAUUAGCAUGUUUUUAUUGCACUCAAGUAUUUUCUUUUAAUAAAACAUAUGAGUUAAACUGAGCUCCGGAGAUUGUGGUGCUUGUGCUUUUUAUUAUAAGUGUUUUUGACCGAGUGUCCAAACAUUUCACACUAGAGUGGUGUUGAUCAAUAAUUCAGUUUAAAAAGAAUAAAUCAUUUCUGCAGUUCUCAUAUCAUUGGUCGAGGCAGUGCAGUAAGGUGUGCUUGACCAAUAGAAACUGUUAUGCUGGCUUCACGUGCUCUCGGAAAUUUGAUCAUUCAUGCAUCCGAGCUGGUUGUUAUUGUUGGUAUUGACAGCAGAUUCAUGCUUGCAUCUGUUUUGGGGCAAUGUCACUGUACCAGUAUGUACAUUUUUUGCCAAUAAUGAUCACUAAUAAUUGUUUUAACAUUGUACAGUAUCUAAAUAUUUAUAUACUUUUUUUUCUCAAGCAAAAGGCAAGAAGUGGACAACUGCAUUUAUUUCAAAACAUUGACUGCAGUUAAAGAUUCUUUAACUUUUCUGGUAUAAGGUUUAUUUGAUUAACAAAUGAUAGAUGUUCUUUUCUAGUGCUAGCCAGAAAUGUGUUCUCAAUAGCCACGUGUCUAACAGGUCUCAAGACAGAAAGCAUUCAGACAGCAAUCUUUUGUUCCUACAUGUUUUGCUAAUAGCAGUAAGUCAAUAAUCAUGACAAACACAUUACUGUACUGGAUUUGAACUGUGUGCAGUGUGCACCUUAAAGGAAAAGUUCAUCUCAAAAUCACUUAUUUUUACUCACCCACAUGACGUUCAACAUGUUUUAAGACCGCCCGGCGUCUUUGGAACACAAAAAUAUUUUAGAUGACAUCCGAGAUUUCAUUUUUGAAUUUUUUUGAAGCAACGAGAAUACUUUGUGCGAAAAACAAACCAAAAUAACGACUGAUCGAUAUAUUCUCCUCUGUCUUGCAGAAGGGGCAAGCUCUCCUGUCUUGUCAGUCUAUGCUGCGCGUUCACGAGGGCACUUCCACACAUGCGCAUUCGGUUUCAGAACAUAUCGAUUACAGUUAUUUUGGUUUGUUUUCGCACAAAGUAUUGUCGUCGCUUCAAAAAAAUUCAAUUGAGCCACUAUGUCUUUAGUACUUUAGUACUGAGUAAAAAAAUCACAAUUUUGAUUUUGAGAAACCUUUCCUUUAGGUGUUUCCACCAGAUCUGUCACAGCAGAAAUCCUUCUCCCAUCCGCCAUGUUUAAAGUGUUGGGUAUCAAAAUGACUUCCCAGUGGGAAACAUGACAUCAGGGGGAAUUCAUAUUCUUCCCAUAAUUCUGAGAGCACAUGAAGGCAGCAUUGCUUCAUCUUGAACUAGAGAACAUGAACACAUGAGCUCACUCUGUAUCUGUGUGAAUGUAGGAAAGCAUCAUGGGUAAUGUGACGGUCAUAGCUGCA